AAUUAAAAUCAAAUUAUGAAUCUAGGGAGUGAUGGUAAAUUUGGAAAAGUCUCUCAAUCCGAUAAAAACAAAACAUCGUCUGAGUGCAAUAAUAAUAAUAAUAACAAUAACAAAAAUAACUUUAAUAACAACACACUACGCAAAACAAUUAAAACUAAAUACCAAAAGACAAAAGCCAACCUUAAGUCAGCCGGAAUUAUAUCAGAAAGCAAGGACCGAAAUGAUUACGAAGAUCUCGAUAAGGUCAUACCAAUACCAACAUCACCACCUUCAGCUCAAAUUAUUGAUCCAAACCGACGGCCGCAGCCUGCGGAGCACAUUCCAGAAUCUUCAAUAAAAGGGGAUUCCUUAUCUGGAAUCACGGACCAGGGUUUCGAUAGGUUCAAAAAACAAACAAAUAUUUUGUCGCAAUUUGAUAAUGUAAUCCAAUUCAAAGAUGAUAAGUCAAAAAUUAAUUUAAAUGAUUCGUUGGCCCCAUCGUCAUCGACGUCGUCGGUAGUUACAAACACACGUUCAUCUUAUCAAAACAUAGCAGCUUCGCAUCAGCCACAAUGUACGACACUGGUGGUAGGAGGAGAUCGCGAACGACUGAGGAGGGAGCACGUGUGGUUUAUAUUCUUUAUGUUCCUGUACGCCAUGUACUUGGUGAUUGGUAGCCUUUGUUUCCAGGCCAUCGAAGCUCCUGUUGCACGAAACGCCACAAUCGAUGUGCUCAAAAGAAGAUCUGAGUUCCUACUUAAGUACCCUCAAAUUUACGAUAAUGACUUGGAAGAUUUUCUUCAAGCUGUUAUAACUGCAAAUGACCGAGGAAUCUCGCCUCUACGAAAUUCGAGUAAUGAUUUAAAUUGGAGUUUUGGCCAGGCACUUUUCUUUUCCAGUACCGUAGUAACAACAAUCGGUUAUGGUCAUGUAACUCCUUUAAGUCAAACUGGUAAAAUUUUCUGCAUGAUCUACGCAACCAUUGGCAUUCCAUUAACAUUGGUUCUAUUAAGUGCAGUUGUCGAACGACUUUUGAUUCCAGCCAAUUGGUUAUUGGGGACCCUUAAUUCAAAACUUGGACACUUAUAUCAACCCUUUAAUAUUCGUUUACUCCAUUUGAGCAUUAUAGGUGCACUUGUUGCGAUAUUAUUUCUUGCAAUACCAACUACAGUUUUUGCAUAUCUGGAACCGGAAUGGGAUGCCCUUGAUGCUUUCUACUAUUGCUUCAUAUCACUCACUACAAUCGGUCUUGGAGAUUAUAUCCCUGGAGAUGGAAUCGCACCCGAAAAUCGUUCUCUUUACAAAAUAUGCAUCACAUGUUAUUUAGUGUGUGGUCUAAUUGCAAUGAUGCUAACGUUAACUGUAUUUUACGACAUUCCUCAACUUAAUCUGGGCCAAUUGUUCACAGAAAAUAUAAAUGGAGAAACUGAGAAACUUCGACUAUCUGGCAAUAAUACCACUUGCUAUUCGGGUCCGUCCGGACUUUAUAUGCCACAACGUGAUGAGGAAGUUCGCAGAGCUGUUGUUCGGAUCCGACCCCAUGGCGAUGAUUCACCUAGUCCAGAUGAUCCCCCUUCAUCAUUAAAUCGUGACAUAAGAAUUCCUUAAGUUACUCGAGUUUGGCUUUAACUAGAAAUGUGUCAACUAUGCUUUUGAUGCUUAAGCCUGACAUGUUUUCAAAAUGGUUAAUUGACAGAAUAUUAAGCCACAAGAAUAAACCUUAUUUCAAGACUCUACCUUAAGAUUUAAACCAACCAUCUAGCAAACACCAUUUUUAAGUGCAACAUUUGUUUAUUUUGUACUCACAGAAAAUUUUGUUUUUAGAUUUCUAAGCAUUGGCAACCCUAUUUGUGUUAAGCUUUUGAGACGUUAGCAGAUUAAAUAAUAAUGGUGGUUUGAGUUUUGAAGUGGGAUCUUGGGCUACGUGUAAUAUAGUUUAUUAGUGUUUGUUCUUAUAAAGAACACAACUUAUUAUAAACAAAAUAUAAGCAUUGAAUAAGUUUGGCACAGUAAUAAUAUACCUAUACAAUAAUAAUAAAUAUAUUUAUAAUAACUUAAUACAAUGAAAGACAAUUUUAGGGCAUGCUCAUAAAAAUAUAUUAUAUAAUAAUAAUGAAUUUACCUAUAACAUUAUAUAACAAAUACAAAAUUCGUGAAUACAUCUGAAAAACAAAAACUGACUCAAACGAAAACUCAUCCAUGCAUAAACCUACUUAUACAAAAUAUACAAUAUACAAAAAUACAAUACAUAUGUAUAACUUAUCAAUUUGUGUUUAAAAAAUGACAUACCAUCUAUAUUGUUAGAGAAUAAUGUUUUCAUAUACAACAACAAAUAAUUAAAAAUAAAAGAAUUUUUAUAAAUAAAUUGUUAAAUUUCGUUAUCCCAAUUUAAAACAAAAAAAAAACAGGAAAAAUUUUACUAUAUUCAAAUUUUAAUAAUUGUUAUUCCUUUAUUAUACAAUAUAAUAUUUUGUUUAAAUUAAAAAAAAAAAUAAGAAAAACUCAAAUAUAUACAUAAAUAAUAUUUUCAAUCAAAUUCAUAUGAUAGUGAUAUUUUUUUAUAUUUUAUUAAGGGAAAUAACUUUAUUUAUAAAACUAUGACAGCUUUCCUAUAUAUAUAAAAAAUAGAUUAUACAUGUGAGUAAUUGUGUAUAAUAAUACAUAACCGUACCUAUUCACAGCAUAUACAUACAUAAAUACAAGUGUAAGAAUAGUGUUAAAUAAAAAAUGUUUCACUAAAAGAUACGUACAAAGUUA